UCACCACUGGAACAAAAACCAUGAAAGGGUUUCAUUUCAUAAUUUCCCAGUGUUUCUCUAAUUUAUCUUCGGAGGGUCCUCGAAGGAGAAGGAUGUCGCUCGUGGAUUACGAUUCUUCUUCAGGUGAAGAUAAGGAAGACGAUGAAGACUAUCUCGGAGAAGAACAAGGAGAGCAAGAGGAGAAAGAGAAGCGAGACGAGCCCAAUCUCCCUCCCGCUCCUCCCAAUCUCCACAAUCGCUUAGCACCAUCAUCGCUUGCAGAAUCCAAUAAUGCCUCAUCUUCAUCUUUGCCGUCAGUGGAAAAGCUCCCGGAUGCCUCAAUGCUUCUAUCUUCACCGUCAUUUUCAUCUUAUCAAUUGAUUGGAAAUGACCAUUCUUCCAGAGUUGUUGCUGCUAUGGCAGAAAGUGGUUCUCGGAAGAGAGAGUCAAAUGGUUCAGGUUUCCCACAUCCUCGUGGUAAACUUCCCCGCUCGAGUUUGCCGCAUUCAAGAAAUGCGCCUGACACAUUGGGUGGAUUGCUGGUUCCACCUCAGCUAAAUGGGAGGAGUAAUGUGGUGACUGAAGAUGUGAACAAGCUAUUUGUGAACAAAAGAAACCAUCAACCUUCUCAGUAGCAACCAUACAUGGUCAGAAUGCUGAUAGAAAUAUGAGAUACUGAUGGAAUUCAUCUAAUACAUGCUUCUGUAAUGCUUUGUUAUCUCAUCACACCGUUGAAAGUUUUUAGGUUUUUCUUUUCUUUUCCUUUUAUGUAUCUUGUGCUGUAUUUGGAAGCAUGAUACAGAGCUUUUGGUGCACACUUUGUAUUAGGGGUUAUAUUACUGUUAGAUCUGUGUGAAUUGUAAAAUUGAUCUUCUAAACUGAUUUAGGUGAGAUUGUUUAAAAUGUUGAGGAGUGGAUUUGGCAAA